GCUUCUUUAAGAUAGCUAGUAUCACACAUCACACGGAACCUGUUGGUUAGAGCUUUGUAAGCUUUGCAAUUUGUUACGUGGUUUAAACGCACCUUGUUGUGCAAUAAGCUUAACUUAACCAGCUAGCCAAACUUUAAACCGACCUCCUGUACAAUAGGGGGCGAUAUUUGGGCUUGCGGCGGUCCUCCGAGCCGGCAGGGGGAAGCAGUAAACCUGCAGGACGUACAUUUUCAAUUCAGUCCAGAAAAGAGCACGAGUGCGGCAUCGAUUUCAUACUAGCGGCCUUUCCGUUACGGGUGAGGUGAACGACGACGACGACGAAGAUGUCUGACGAAGAGGAGCCCCCCAUGGUGAAGAAGCCCCGGAUUUUCUAUGGCAGCCUGGAGGAGAAGGAGCGUGAGCGACUGGCCCAGGAUGGAAGCGCUACCUCCAUGAAGGAUGCGGUGAAGGCGGGCAUCGAGGCCGGCAACAUCAACAUCUCCAGUGGGGAAUCGAUGGAGCUGGAGGAUAGAGUGAGUGAACGACAGGCAGAGGUGCUGGCAGAGUUUGAGCGCAGGAAGAGGGCGCGUCAGAUUACCGUGUCCACUGAUGAUGCGGAGGUGAAAGCCUCCCUGCGGGCUCUUGGAGAGCCGAUCACUCUGUUUGGGGAGGGACCCGCUGAGAGGCGGGAGAGGCUACGGAACAUCCUGUCGGUGGUGGGCCCAGAUGCUUUGAAAAAGUCCAAAAAAGAGGAUGAGAAGGCUAAACGCUCCCAGGAAGAAUACCAACAGACUUGGUACCACGAGGGUCCAGCCUUGCUCAAAGAUGCCCGUCUGUGGUUAGCCCGCUACUCCCUGCCUAGGGCUGUGAAGAGGUUAGACAAUGCGCGAGUUUACAAGGAAAUCCCAGAAUCCACACGCACAGUACGACAGCAGGAGCUGCACAAGACGCUGAGGAAUCUGAAUAACUUCUGCAGCCAGAUUGGAGAUGACCGGCCAAUAUCAUACUGCCAAUUCAGCCCCAACUCUAAACUGCUGGUAACCGCAUCCUGGAGCGGUUUAUGUAAACUGUGGGCAGUCCCCGACUGCAGCCUCAUCCGCACUUUGAGGGGCCACAACACCAAUGUGGGAGCCAUCAGUUUCCAUCCACAAGCGACAUUGUCUUUGGAAGAAUCAGACGUCAACCUGGCUUCCUGUGCCGCCGAUGGAUCCGUCAAGCUUUGGAGCCUAGAAAGUGAUGAGCCCGUUGCAGACAUCGAAGGGCACUCCAUGCGGGUGGCUCGUGUGGCUUGGCACCCUUCCGGACGCUUUCUGGGGACCACCUGCUAUGACCACUCGUGGCGUCUGUGGGACCUCGAGGCCCAGGAGGAGAUCCUGCACCAGGAGGGCCACAGCAAGGGGGUGCACGACCUCCACUUCCACCCUGACGGCUCUCUUGCAGGAACAGGGGGACUAGAUGCAUUUGGUCGAGUGUGGGAUCUCCGCACUGGACGCUGUGUCAUGUUCCUGGAGGGCCACCUCAAGGAGAUCUACGGCAUCAACUUCUCUCCUAAUGGUUAUCACGUGGCAACAGGUAGUGGAGACAACACAUGCAAGGUGUGGGAUUUGCGUCAGAGGAAGUGCAUCUACACAAUCCCCGCCCACCAGAACCUGCUGUCUUCAGUCAAGUUCCAGCCUACGGAUGGGCACUACUUAUUGACGGGGGCUUACGACAACACGGCCAAAGUGUGGACACACCCUGGAUGGUCUCCUCUCAAGACUCUAGCUGGCCAUGAGGGCAAAGUGAUGGGGCUGGACAUCUCGGCGGAUGGGCUGCUCAUCGCCACCUGCUCCUAUGAUCGUACCUUCAAGCUCUGGAUAUCUGAAUGAGGGGGCGUUGCUGAGUAAGCGCCUCUGCUGGCCCACCCAUCACACUGGUUGCUCUGUGACUGGCUGAUGCUCGUGAACUAAGAUGUUUGCAGAAAUUCUGGAUGGUCAGCUUGUGCCGCUUAACAUCGUGGUACCUUUAAUGGUCGGUUUAAAUUCAAAAAACCCGUCAAAAUGAAUAAAAUGGGACAAAUCUCGCAGAAUACUCGUCUAAGGAAUCAGAAUUGAGCAGGACACAAUGAAGAUGGUGAUGGUAUUUGAAUGCUUGCAGAAAAAUUUAGUUUCUUUUUAAGUGCUCUGGAUUAACCUUCCACCCAUGUUGUGCUGCCUUUGUUUACCAACAAUGUCAGGUAUCUUGUUUUUAUACCAUGCCAUUGGAAUUAAAAAGGAAAAAUAUUUCUUAUG